AUGUCAUGUGCUUCUUCACUGAGUUCAACUUAUGGAGAUGAGGAAGGAGCAGGCAAUCAGGAUGACGAAGAUCUCGAUUUUUAUGCAAUUUUAAAUGUAGCAAAAGAUGCAACAGUGGAUGAAAUUAAUAAAUCGUAUCGACAGAAGUGUUUGAUAUUCCAUCCAGACCGACAUCCUGAUCUUGCUGAAAAAAAGGAAGCAGAGAAUUUUUUCUUGAAAUUACGGAAAGCAUACGAAACGCUUUCCGAUCCCAAACUGAGAACAAUUUAUGAUACGGUUGGACAGCAAGGACUUGAAUUGCAUGGUUGGGAACUCAUUCCUAAAUCAGACAAUGCCGAGAACAUUAGACGCGAAUAUGAGUUUCUUAAACGUUUACGAGAAACAGAAAUAAUGCUACAACGGGUUCAUCCUUCCAGCUUAUUUGUCUGCAAAACAUCCUUAACGGGAGUUUUUGCUGCUAAUCCUGAACUAAGAUGUCCUCCGCAAGUAACUGGUAUGUCUUUGUCCCAGAAUGUCGAAUGUGCUAUGACAGCAAAAGAUAAAGUGGGUUUAAAUGGACGUGUUAAGAUGAAUAAUGGUAAAGGUGAUGGAGCGUUUAUGUUGCAUUGGAAAAGAGUGAUCUCAUCAUCAUGUCUGCUUGAGUUCAGUACAACUUUUGCACCAGAUUCGAUAUUGCUGGGGUGCAAAUACGCCAAAAGUAUAUACUUGAAAAAUGCAAUUGUGAUACAGCCUUCAGUGCAGUAUUUUCCACUUUAUUCAGCUAUCAACCCCGGCUGCACUUUUAUUUUGUCUAGGAAUCUGCACCCAUGCUGGCAAGGCUCUGUAAUAUAUCACUGUGGAUUGCAAUCCUACUUAACAACAUCUCUGAUCCAUACCGAAUUGAAUAUGCCGAAGUUCUUUAUUAAUUUGACAAUAUCACCAGCAAACUCAAAUGUUCGAAUAGUCUAUACGAAGCGGAGUGUAGAACAGGACUCGUUUACUGAAACCUCAUGCAUAUUUUCAUUAAUGGGUAUUAUGCCAGCAGUUGCAUUUGAAAGACGUUUAUCAAGAUAUUCUCGAAUAGGAUGUAAUCUGUCAUUUGCUUUCCCUUCUUGUCUUUUGCAAGCUAAAUUUAGGUUGAAAACGGGUGCUUCAGUUUACGAUUAUCAGUUUCUCUUAUGCGACAGUGAAGAAGAUUUAGCACGUUCAACUUUAUAUGGCGUUAUUGCACCGAUUGCAGCGUUUUACUUACUGAAAGGAGUUUUUCGACACGUGUACGAACGUUUCAUGUCAUUGUUUGAGGAUCACUCAGAGGAGCGGCAGGUAGAUGCUAUCAAACGUGAAGAAGCAAGCAAUGUCGUAGAUCUGAUGAGACGUACAGCAGAACGAAUAGCGAAAGAAGAAGAACAGAAGCAUGGUUUAAUCAUUGUUGAAGCGAAAUAUGGUCAAAUGGUUGGAGAAGGCCAUAAUGCAUUAUCAUAUCCGCUAUUAGGCGAUCGGAUUGUCGAUGUAACAAUACCAUUACAGGCUAUGGUUAAUGAUUCACAGUUGAGGAUAUACUCCGGAAAAAGUCAGUUACCGGGGUUUUAUGAUCCUUGUCCAACAGAAUCGAAAAUGCUACGAAUCGUUUACAAAUAUCGAGAUCGAAUGCACUCCGUGUCAGUGCCGGAUGAAGUUGCUUUGCACAUACCAAUGAUGUGUUAG